CCCGACUCUUGUCUGCGUCGACAAUUUCUUACGACAAUUCGGAGCAGAACCACCGUCUGACCAGACAACAAACCACAAUGUCAGCUCACUCGCACUCGCACUCCAACAGAAAUACAGGCGACCCGCUCAUGGACACCGCCGCGCACCACAACCUCGAGACCGUGAUCGCGCCGUGGGUGUCGACAUUCAAGAGUUUCCUGCGCUCCGCCGCCGCAAAGCACAACGGCCAGUCCUCCACGGCAGCGCUCGACGGCCCCGUCGACGAGUCCAACCCGGCGCCGUCCUACCCGUUCACGCUCUCGACCGUCUCCGUCAGCGAGUUCACCGACGAGCGCACGGGCGAGACAAAGAGCUUUGUGCGUCCGCACGCGCGGACGUGCAUGUUUCGCGGCUUUGCAUUCACGCCCAACUCCGGCAUUCUGACCGUGACGACCGACAAGCGCAUGGCGAAGUUCGACCAGAUUGUGCGGCCGCUCACGCACGGCGCGUUCGAGGCCUGUUUUUACUUUGAAAACGACCUCGUGCAGUUCCGCAUCGCGGGCUCGUGCAAGCUCGCGUUCCUCAACCACUCCGGCGAGGUCUACCUCUCGGACCCGGCCAAGGGCACCGAGGAGCCCGCCGACGACUCUGUCGCGUCCGAGUUCUACAAGUCCUGGACCGUGCUCUCGCCUGCAAUGAAGCUGAGCUUUUGCAAGCCGCCGCCUGGCGCGGAGUUUUCGCAGGAGCACUUUGAGCAGCUCGAGAAGGUUGAGAAGGCGACAAACAACGUGCGUAAUGGCGAGGAGAUCCCGGAGGAGUUUAUGGCGGAGGGGAAGAAGAACUUUGUGUUGAUUAUGUGUUCGCCUGAGUUGGUCGACUUUACAAAUGUCUCGGGAAUCGGCCAGCGCAUCUUGUUUGAGCGGGCGGGCGAGUAUGUUUGGACGUUUAAGGAGAUUUGUCCAUAGUGAAUCAAUACUACGCUA